AUGGUUUUCCGUUGGGCGCCAUUUUGAUUAAAGUAAUGUGAGGCUGGUAUGUGAGUAAGAUUGUCAGAUAUUUUCUCAAUUUAAACAAAUUUAUACCCGAGUCGACUGACGUUUGACGGACACUAAGCCAUUUGAGUACACCGAAAAUGGCCACGGGCGCAAACGCAACUCCCUUAGGGAAGUUGCACCCUAGUAUUGGCGCUAAACGAGGAUUUGACGCUGGGCCUGGUGCAGGGAACGGGUUGAUGCCAACACCAGUGCCGCCCGCAUCCUUUCCUUCUCUACAAGCUUUCCAGCCCGCGAUGCCAAGCGCAUCUUUUCCGCAGCCACAUCAGUUCAUUCCUGGGACAAGUUUUUCGCCCCAGGUCCCACAACAACCAACUGCGGGGGUCGGACUGGCCAAACCAGAUUUCAGUCAGAAGAAAUCACGAAAGAGGAGUCGUUGGAGCAGUGAGACUCCUGAUCAGAAGACAGUCAUACCGGGCAUGCCCACUGUUAUUCCCCCUGGACUGACCCGGGAUCAAGAGAGAGCCUAUAUAGUCCAACUGCAGAUUGAAGACCAGACUCGUAAACUGCGUACAGGAGACCUGGGAAUCCCUGUUAACCCUGAGGACAGGUCUCCCUCUCCAGAGCCCAUCUACAACAGCGAGGGCAAGAGGUUAAACACCCGAGAGUAUCGGACGCGAAAGAAGAUUGAGGAGGAGCGUCACUCCCUCAUCACAGAGAUGGUUGGACUCAACCCUGACUUCAAGCCUCCUGCCGACUACAAACCUCCAGCCACCAGAGUCAAUGACAAAGUUAUGAUUCCCCAAGAUGAGUACCCUGAAAUCAACUUUGUUGGUCUGCUAAUCGGACCACGUGGUAACACGCUGAAGAACAUUGAGAAGGAGUGCUGUGCCAAGAUCAUGAUCCGGGGUAAAGGUUCUGUGAAGGAGGGGAAGGUAGGCCGAAAGGAUGGACAGAUGCUGCCAGGGGAAGAUGAGCCUCUGCAUGCCCUGGUCACUGCCAACACAAUGGAGAAUGUCAAGAAAGCUGUGGAGCAGAUUCGCAACAUUCUGAAGCAAGGUAUUGAGACGCCUGAGGAUCAGAAUGACCUACGAAAGAUGCAGCUGAGGGAGCUGGCCAGACUCAAUGGCACCCUGAGGGAAGAUGACAACAGGAUCCUUCGUCCUUGGCAGAACUCUGAGCCACGCAGCAUCACUAAUACCACCCUCUGUACAAAGUGUGGUGGAGCAGGCCACAUCUCCUCCGACUGCAAGUACACCAGCUCAUUUGCCGCCCACAGAGCAACAGGUGGCGAGCCUCCUCAGUCAGCCCAGGACAAGGCUCGAAUGGACAAGGAGUAUCUGUCCCUGAUGGCGGAGCUAGGGGAGGCUCCUGUCCCCACAUCUGGUGGAGGACACUCCAACACCCAAGGCGGAGGGCAUCGGUCCUCAGGACCCAACAAUAACCAGCCACCACAGCAGAACCGGCCUCCUUGGAUGAGCUCUGGUCCAACUGAGAACAGGAACUACCAUGGCAUGCAUGGAGGGCAUGGUGGCCAUGGAGGACCCCACAACUAUCCUCCCCCCAUGCCCAACAUGGGAGGCCCCCCUAUGCCCCCAAACCCCAACGGCCUGCCUCCCCCCUGGAUGCAGCCCCCUCCUCCUCCUAUUGGCCAGGGUCCAGGACCUCACGGACACCCUAUGGGUCUGCUGCCACCUCCAAUGGGCAUGAUGCCACCUCCACCCCCUCCCCCCAGCAACCAGCCGCCUCCUCCCCCUUCUGGACCCCUGCCACCAUGGCAACAGCAAGCUCCACCUCCCCCUCCAACCAGCAGCAUGGCAACCAGUACACCGCUACCCUGGCAACAGACUUGGUCAUCACAAAAGUUACAUUCAAGUCAGGCCAGGUCAGAUGGCUUUCCUAUAUCUGGUUAUGAUACCACCACCACCUCCAGCCCUGGCACCGGCACCCUGCCUCCAUGGCAGCAGCCCCAGCAGCCUGCAGCCUCAGGAGCCCAGCCCCCACCACCCAUGGGUACCCCAUCCAUGGUGCCUCCUCCUCCUGGCGUCCAGCCCCCAUUGCCCCCAGGUGCCCCUCCUCCUCCCCCUCCACCACCUCCAGGCUCAACUGGCAUGAUGUAUGCCCCUCCGCCGCCCCCGCCACCCAUGGACCCUUCCAACUUUGUCACCAUGAUGGGGAUGGGGGUACCAGGCAUGCCCCCCUUCGGCAUGCCUCCUGCCCCCCCACCUCCUCCACCCCAGAAUUAACCCGACCACAGAAGAAUCGUCCUCCCACAAGAGUUUCCACCCAGCAGCACAUUGUGGAUGUGUGCUCACAGAAAAAAAAAUAUAACCAGUGCUUUAUUUUUUAUUGAUCCUUGAUAUUGUGAAGACAUCUCUGAAACAAUGAAAAGGUUGUGUUAGUUAAAUUUGUAAAGUUGCGUAACUUUAGUAAAUGAGUUAUUUUUCCUGUUUUUAAAAGUUUGUGUUAACUCAAAGCUCCUUGUGUGCAUACAAACACUGUUGCUCUCAGGCACAUGUUCUGCAUUGCUCUUGUAGUUUGUUACGUUACUUGUAUACCAAAUAAACAACUCAAAUAGCCA